GUCCAGCACCUCUCCUCAUAUACCCUCGAACUUUUACCCCACAUGAAUGGCCAUGACACGGUCUGUUUUUCCACGUAAGACCCUAUCUGAUUAACUCGAGAAGAGAUUCACGAUGAGGGUAGUAAACUACGCCGCCUGGAUUCCCUCCCACGGCGCCGAGCUGGAAGUGGCCGAGGCUCCCUUUCCCACCAUCCUCGACGACGACGAAGUCAUCAUCAAGAACAAGGCCGUCGCCGUCAACCCGGUCGACUGGAAGAUCCAGUCUGCGCCGCAGCCAAUCUUCAACAUCCAAUACCCAUUCAUCCUAGGAUCAGAUGUCGCGGGCGAGGUCGUCGGCGUCGGCGAGGCCGCAAGGCACCGCUUCAAGAAGGGUGAUCGCGUCAUCGGCCACGCGCUUGGCCUGUCGUCCGGCGGGGCCGCGCAGGGAGGGUUCCAGCUGUACCCAAAGCUCAAGGCCGCGACCGUGUCCAAGAUCCCCGACGACAUCCCAUUCGAGCAGGCCGCCGUGCUACCCCUCUCCAUCUCAACGGCCGCCGCGGGGUUGUUCCUCAAGGAGACGCUGGGGCUGCCGAUACCCAAGCCGCCAAGCAGCAGCAGCAUCUGGGGGGCGAAGGGCGCGGGCAAGAAAAAGGAGACGGUCCUCCUCUGGGGCGGCUCCUCCUCGGUCGGCAGCUCCGUCGUCCAGCUGGCCGUCGCGGCGGGGUACGACGUCAUCGCGACGGCCUCGCCCUCCAACUACGACUACGUCAAGUCCCUCGGCGCGGAGCUCGUGGUCGACUACCACAACCCGGACAUCGUCCCCAUCCUGGCCGGCCUGCUGAGGGCCUCCGGGACGCGCCUCGCAGGCGCCUACGACGCCAUCGGGUCCGACGCCACCGUGCGCGCGAGCGCCGCCGUCGUGAGCGCCCUCGGAGGGGGCAGGGUCGCCAGCGUGGGGGUCACGCCCGAGGACGCCGGGGGCGACGAGGUCGAGGUCGUGCGCAUCUCGGCGCCGAGCCUUGUUGCUGGGGCGCCCGAGGUCGUGAGGGCCGUCUGGGGCGAGUAUGUCCCUGCUGCGCUGAGGGCUGGGACGCUGGUCCCGCGGCCGAGGGAGUUGGUCGUUGGGAAGGGGCUGUACUUUGUCCAGAGGGGGUUGGAUGCCAACAAGGCUGGGGUGAGCGCGGCCAAGGUGGUCAUUACGCUCUGAGGGCGUUCGAAGCUGGUAGGGCGUUGACAGUCAGGACUUGUGGCUGGUAAGAGUGCGUGCUGAAACACUUCACACAAAAUCAGCUCCUGGCAAUAAGUAGCUGGAAGCGAUGGCUGGUAUUUUGACCAUCCAACUGGCAACUUUAUUUUGAGGGACUCAUUGAUUCUGACCUCAUGGUUUGGUCUUCCCAAAUUUCAUGCUUCUAGUGUAGUUGCUGGGUCUUGGAAUCAAGGAGCACACUCAGGGAUCAUGUCUGGCUACUACACCUUCAUGUAAAUAGGCUACGUAAGCUGAGUGACUACCUCAUGAGUGAAAUGUACUUUCCGCUGCCC